UUUCAUUAAACCUGGUAAAGAUAAGAGCUUGGCUUGUGGUUGUGAGAGAGAAGAAGAAAAGAGUGAAGCUUCGGAAAUGGAGAAGUACUUUGGGAAUGCGUAUAGAGGUGACCCGGGGGUGCCCCAUGCGGGCCCGGACCGGUUCGUGAAUAUAUGGAUAGGGUCGGCUGCUUUCUCUGUACUCACUUGGUUCAACCCUUACAUGUGGCAGCUCACAAAUCAAUUCAAUUGGCAUGACAAAGCAAUGAUAUUUGAACAUUACCAUUGGAAGAAGGCAAAGGCUAAGAACCAACCAUACAAAUUUAAGUGGAAUGAGUACAUGGACAAGGAUCACAGGGACUCGUAUUAUUUCAACUGGCCUGUCUACUUCCCAUAGUGUUUCUUUCAUGUAGGCAUGCUCUUUGAUAAGUGGUUCAGACAAAGAGGACUUUACCUGCCUAAAAAAUUAUGUUAUCUUUAUUGCUUUGUCCCUUCUUCCCGACUCAUUAUGCUGUUUUAACUCUACCCUAUCGUAUUAUGGUGAAUGUUAUAUGGUUCAAGUAAUAACAGGAUCUUUUGUCAA